AUGUCAUCCUCCAUUCUCCAUCAGUGUCCAUUCUGUGGUCAUGUCUCUGAUAUUUCUCUUUCCUUGGCUGCAUUCAUUGAGAACCCACACUGUAUUCAGUGCGGCCUAUCAGUCUCUGAAAGCAACGGAAAGCUGCAAGACGAGCUAGCGGCUUUGUUUGAUCGACAAAUGGCCAUAGACUCAUCGCCUCAGCCUCAACACCUUUCCUACAGCAUCUCACAGCACUAUCACCAUUCCACCCACGUAGCUCCUUCCCCGAAACCUCCACCCCAAGCCCACACAGAUCCGACCCCAAUAGAGAUCCUACAGCAUCAUGGCCUCGAUCCUUCGGAUAUGCUACCCCGCCAACUGGACUUAUUCCAAAACGCAGAUGCCGAACAGAGACAACGCUUGAUCCAGACGUGGCAGCUCUACGCCAGAUCCCCCGGUGAAUCGGCAAAUUCGGAUGCAACACUUACUAUGGAAGGUCUUCAGAUGGAUGAUCCCAAAGCACAGGCAGAACCUUACAUGGUUUCGGGCUAUCAGACACACUCGCAGUCCGCGGAACCUACCACGGGACAGCCGUAUACAUCGGCAACCGAUCCAGUAUAUAAGACUCAGCACUGGUGGGAAAUGGCUCAAACCGAGCCCAUGGAGUCACAGUACGGGGAAUUUCAAGCGAGGAAGCAAUAUGAGACAGGCAGUGAUUUUGCUCAGCGGUCUUUGUUUCAUUAG